CGACGCGAAAUUGGCUGCUCCAGUCGCGACUCCAAACGCCUUUGCAGCAAACCCUCCCAUCGCCAACUCGCUAAGCUUCUAUCGCCAAGCAUCGCCAGCCACGUGUACGCAUCAAAACAACUCUGAGUACCUGAUCAGACACCGUCCCUCACGAGCUGCGGCGAUUGAGCUGAUAAUUGACGCUGUCAACGCUGCCCCGAGCUCCCUUUGCGCCCAGCCAUCUGCCUAGAUUUGCCAUGCUUCUCGCCAUCACACACAGUACAUAAUGGAUCGAGCAAAGCCCCAGGCGUUUCAAUCGUCCUACGCGCCGCGACUGCGCUCCUACAACAAUGCGCUCCUGACCCCAGUGAUUGCCAGCGCGCCCAGCGCUAACCAGCACUCGAGGACGACUAAGCGCGGCACCACCAUGAUCAACUACGCUGAGGAUGGAUACGACUACGAUGACGACGACAGUGACGACCCAAGACGUCGACUUACCGGACUCCGCAGCAUUCGAAAAGAAGAUUCUACCAACAGGCAAGAUGCUACCGACAAGGCUGGGCAGGAGACCUACGAACCCGUCCGUGUUCAAGGCAUCUGGCGUGAUUGGAUGGGCAAGACUCGAUCCGUUAGAAGCGAUCAACAGAAUGCUGCCCAAGCCAAUCUGCCAUUGACGCUGAUUCCGAUCCGCAUAGACCUCGACGUUCCUCAAUUCAUUCCUCAGCCCGCCUUCCCUCCACCCGCUGGCCCAGGUGUUGAUCUAUCUCUUCCACAAUACCGCCAGCAAGAAAUGACGGUACCUUAUAAGCUGCGAGAUAUCUUUUGCUGGAAUCUCCACGAAACACUCAUCACUACCGACCAAUUUGCACAGACACUCGUGCAGGACCUUGACCUACCAAACAAAGCACACGCAGUAGCAGACAUAAGCAAGCAAAUCCGUACGCAACUGGAAGAAUAUGCCGGCGUUGCCCUGCACCCACUGUUCCAUGCGGACCAACAGAACCAGAACCCUCAGCAACCUCUGCAAUCGACAAACCAAUCCCAAGCUGCGCCUAUUGCCAACGGUGCCAACGGAACCCCCAAGCCUGUAUCGCGGCCCGACACGCCGGCGCAAACUGCCGUUGAUCCAAGCACACCGCUGCCGGCCGCGCCAGCAACCGAUGCUGAGGUACCAAAGGUCUCGGCAGAAGCCACAACCAUCACGCCCGAAUCAGAAGACUACAACCCCGACGACACGUACCGGUGUAUCGUCAAUCUUAACCUCAACAUGUCGUCUAUGCUAUACACUGACAAAUUUGAAUGGUCGCUGCUACAUCCCGUCGGAACCGCUGAAGCCUUUGCCAAAACAACGUGCGCCGAUCUCGGUCUGACACCUGAGUGGGUGCCAGCAAUGACACAUGCCAUAUACGAAGCAGUUUUGCGGCUCAAGAAGGAGGCUUGCGAGGCGGGCGGUUUUGUCGCGGGCUGGGGCGGCGUCCAGCAGGAGCUACCUAACGACGCAGUCCUAGGCAACGAAGCUGGCUGGCGUUACGAUCCCGACAACCUAGCGGGCGACUGGGAACCCAAAGUCGAGCUGCUGACCAAGGAAGAGAUGGAAAAGCGUGAAGGAGACCGCGAGCGCCAAGUACGCCGGCUGCGCCGUGAGACGGCCCGCUUCAGCUCUACAACAGGUAUGCUUGGCGGCACGCCCACAACAACAGGCCCAACAUUUGAGCUCGAGGAAGAGCGCAUGGGCCGCGGCGAACGUUCCAAGAAGAAGCGCCGCUUCCGUAGUCUGAGCCCAAUUGCCCGCAUGGGUACACCAGGCGUGCGAGGAACACCCGAUGUUGGUGGCUAUGGAGGCGGCGGCGCGCUGACAGACCAAGAACGACUUGCCUGGCGUUGCGCUCACUGCCGCAUAUGGGGAACUAGCGUCUGGGCUGUUCGUGACGGCCCUGCCGGUCCAAGAACACUAUGUGCCAACUGCGGCUACCUGUAUGAACGCGACCGCACCCUGCCUCGCCAGACGCGAAACUUGCAUCUCCAGGACAUUCGGGCCGGUUAAAGAGCUGUGACAAGCUGCAGGAACGGUGUAGUUUACCCACAAAAGGUGAUGAUUUUUUGUUUCGGGAAUCCAAGGGGCUAUGGGGUGUUUUGCUGUUUGCUGCUUUUGUCUCUUUUUGUGUUGUCGUGUAUCAAAGGCGUCUUAUGGGAUAUGUAAAGCUGUGCAGACAUUUCUCUUUUAUUAAAACCAACCUACGAAAUGAAAGUUAUUUACUGUAUGGUCGCGUUUACGUCGUAUAUUAGGCAUAAAGAUUGCAUCCACCAGGUUCGACAGCAACGGUAAUUGGUAGAUUUCAAAUUCUGUAUUAGGAUUUUUUAUUCUCAAGCUAUAUAUCCUUGCGCCAACAUUUCCCAAUACUCUUCACUUCCCAUGUCGCCGCUGCUGUAGCCCUACCGUGGAGGCCCACCGUGCAUCAUCUGGGAGACAUUGAUGCCAACCCAGGGUUGCUGACCCUGCAUUCCAACAGGCGGCAUCUGAUUUUGAUAUUGGGUAUUCGGCGCUGGCGGCAUCUGCUGCUGGAUAGCUUGCUGCGGCGAGCUGCCUGUUGCUCGCCUGCUUUGCAGUCGCGCGAUUGUGUCCUUAGAAAGCUGCUGGAAGCUUUGUAGAAGCAUAUUUGCGUCUUCCCAGCGUUCAGCAUACUUCAUCAGCGUCUGUGGUAUGCCUUGCAGACAGCCCAGACUUUUCUGAAGCAUCUCUGCGGGUGUUUGCGCCAGUUGGACAUGGCGCCUUGGCAUCGGGGGCGGCGGUGGGCAGCCAGGACGAGUAGGCGGAGCCGGCACGGGCCUUCCGGAGAGGAUAAUGUCUUCAGAGUCGCGAAGAACGGCAAGGAACUGGUUGCCCAUAAAGUACACCUUGAUAGCGUCAUGGUAUGUGUACAAGGCGCUGUUUAGAUCCAUGUGUGCAAUGUCGAACAUGACGUUGAGAUACUCUAGCGCAUAUUCAAAGAUGAGGCUGCGAGUAUAGUCGGUGAUUUGCGGUGCCCGUACAGACGGGGCAAUGCAGUACACGUAACUGUAGCGUAGCUCUUGAUCGAACAUGCGUCUUAUUCCCGGUGGAAGUGUAACGGGAAGCGAGUCACUCCAUUCACGCAUAUCGAGACACAUCUGCCACAAGAAAGAAGAUGGAUCGGCUAGUGGGGUUGAGUCAGAUUGGUAGAGCUCCUGGUACCAAAACGACUGUGCUCGUCGUAAUUGGAAGAGUAGUAGGGCUGGAUCGGCUGACUGAGGGCCAGAAAUAGGGCCAGUUUCAGAGGGUUUUCGGCUGAGAUCAGGCUUAGAGUUGAUGGAGUGGGGAAAGGCAACAUUGGUUGUUUCAUCCGUAAACGAGAAUGUACGUGCGUGAACCAUGCUGAUUGCCCUGUAGUGCUGUUAGUAUAGUCUUCAAAAGCCAUCUAUGCGGUUACCAACCUGUCCAUCGCAUAUGUACAGUAAAAUGUACGUCGGCGCAUGUCCAGCGAGGUGCGGUCCAGUGUAGAAGAUGGCGGAUCUUGGUGCAGGCCAAGGUCAAUAAUGGCACGCGCGGUAAAGCCGAUAAGGUGCCAUGCAUCGAAAUGAGCGGGAUCCAGCAUCGAAUAAAGUGUCAGGAGCAGAAGGGAUUGAACCUGACCGACAUUCCCGGGAACAAGCGCACGAUCAGCGUGCUGAAGCGCUUUGGCCAGGUAUUCAACACCAGUAUCAUAAUAUGAAUCGUGGAGCGUCUUGCUCUGGGCCGUUGAACCAAUAGCAAGCACCAUGUACAUCAACCAGUAGUCAGUGUCCUUGAUUGGACGGCCAUCCUGCUUGUAAAAGUCGUCAAUUACCGUCCAAAGGGCUGUUUCAGAAAAACAGGGAUAGAGCGUGUAGAUGUUGGAGAGGAAGUAUUGGACGAUUGAAUUGAUGG